AUGAUCCGUCGCACAACCCUCACCAAGGGAACCCCAAGCACCUCGCGCCGGCACUCGGCCCCCGUGUCCCGCACACCCUCCGGCAGCGGCGCCACACCUUCAUCCGACCUACCGCACAGCGGCGAGGUCCACUUCCUCCCCCUCCGCCAGGUCCUCGACGGCCGCGUCCAGCGCCGCAUCCGGCGCAACGGCCUCAGCGAGGAGAUGAACACCAUCACCGCCGAGAAACGCCGGCGCGCGCAGGAGACCAAGGAGGAGAUCGACGGCUUGAGGGCGCAACUCAAGGAGAAGGACGCUGAGAUCUACGAGCUGCAGAACGCGACUAUCGUGAUUGACAUGGAGCGCAUUUGGGGACUUGAGCGGGAAGUCGAAACACUGAAGGAGCAGCUCUCGAAUCGCUCUGGAAUGAGAGGGCAGAGCUGCUAUGACUGGACGCUCGCGGCGAGGGGUCCUUAUGUGGAUGAUUACAUGGAGACGGACACCAUUGAGGCGGAGUCCGUUGCGGGCGAGAGGAUGCUAGCUGAUGAGACUGCUUUUGGGGACGCGACAAUGGCGGAGUUUAUGUGUAGUACGCCCACGAGGGUGAAGUCUUCGUUCCUCACGCCGCCACUCACGAGUCCGGUCGCCGAGGGCCUGAUGACACCGUCUUCUCACAGAGGAUCCAUCGCGCCCACGUCACAUUGCAAUGCCGGCGUGCAAACCUCCUUCCGCGACACAGAGAAGGACUCCCUCCAAGAGGAACUCGCCUCCCUUCGCGUUGAGAUGUCAAAACUCACAAACACCCUCGAAUCAUACACCUCCCUCACCACCCGCCUCUCAGACCAGCUAUCAGCCUUCACCCCCUCCGCCACCGGCGACUCCGAACCCCUACAAACAAUCGAAGAGCAAGUCACCCACCUCCUCCGCACAGUCUCAGACCGCACCGCCGCCCUCCUCGACCUCAACAGCUCCCUAAGCGACCUCGGCUUUCCGGGCUCCGACGCCUCCGAAAUCAUCACUUCCCUCGCCGCCUCCCUCCGCACCGCCCGCCUCGAGCUAGAAUACCUCACCCCGGGCGAAAUCACCCUCCCCCUCUCCUCCCACGGCGCCGAGGUCCUCGACCUCCUCCUCACCCGCCUCCGCGACCUCGCCAAGCGCGGGAAGGAGGACGAGGCCGCCAUCGACGAGUACCACCAGCUCGAGCUCUCCCUGCGGCAACAGCUCGGCGCGCGCGUCGCCGCGAUGGACAGCCUCAACGACGACCUCGCGCGCGCCAAGACGCAGCUGGCGCAGAAGGACGCCGCGGCGGCGGAGCUGCGCGUCAGCGUGGACCGGCUCAAGGGCGCGGUGAACGGGUACAUCCGCGACGUGAUGGAGCUGGAAGCCGUGAUUGGUAAGAUGGAGGGGGAGAACCGCGACGCGAUGGCGACGAAGGACGCGCAGAUCGAGGUUGGGCGGCGGGUAUUGCGCAGCAAAGAGGAUGUGAUUGCGCAGUUGGAGACGAAGCUCGCCGACGCCGUAGCGAAGACGAAGGCGUUCCGGAGGAGGCUUGACGAGAGUGAGGAGAGCAAGGCGAAGGAGGUGGCGUCCCUCAACAGGCGCAGUGGCCAGGCUCUCGCGGUGCGCGAUGCACGGGUCGCAGAAUUGAGGGAGGAAGUCGAGAGGGUCAAUGAGAGUUUGAGGGCUGCGCAUGAGAGCAUUAAGAAUCUGAGGAUCGAGAAGAAGGGGCUGGAGGGGAAGAUGGCGGAGGAGCGGGUUGGUGCAAAGAAGGUUAUUGACCAGAUGAAGGCGGAGCUGGAGAGAGUUGUGAGUAUGAGCAGGGAGUUCUUGGCGGAUGAGGUUGAGGAGUCGACCACGCCGACUAGCACACCGCCGAGGGCGGCAGGCCGGACGCCGAAGAAGGUGAUGAAGCCGGCGGCGGGUGUGUCGAAGUCACCGCUUGCGGGCGGGACUGUUGUGAAGAAGGGGCUGCUUUCCGGGGAGUUCGUAAGGAGAGUUUCCGGGAGGAAGAGGAGAAAGUAUGACAGCGGACUGGGAUUCUUGGAUGAAGAUGAGAUCGAUGCAUGA